AUGGCGGCAAGCGCGAGGGCGCAGAAGCCCGUCGGCUCAGCGCCAUGGAUUGCAGCAGAGAAGGAAAACAUGGCCGAGCUAGUGGAGCAAGAAAUGGAAGAAGUGGAAUACCCUGUCCGACACGAAAUGGACUGGUUAAAUGAACAUAUGACCGAGAUCUUCUCCAAAGGCCAGGCGAAUUUUGCGGACGUGUUCAAGACGCCCGGAAAGAUGAGAGGCAAGACGCCUCGAACCGCUCGGAAGCGUGUCCCCGAAGAGUCUCGAGUGCCCUUGAGCGAAAUCUUCUCAUCCACCCAGAAACAGUUGGAAAACCAAGCAAGCCCGAGCCCAUUCAUUCAUCGUGUUGUUUCUAAGCCCGCUCCCAUGGCGGCAUCGCCUGUACCCCGGACCAAGAUCGCGACAGAGCCAGCUUCGCAACCCGGAUAUCCCGAUCUCACUCAAAACCUGAACUCCUUCCCAACAUACAACACCGACUCGGGCUAUCAUGGAAUGCCCGGCGAUGAUGAAAUGGUACUGCCUGACGUGCAACAAGAAUCACAGGCUUCUACUCAGCCUUCUACCCAACCUUUCGAACAGGAUGAGCCCAUGAAGCUGGAUAUUCAAGAGGUCGACAUUUCUGCUAGUCAGCAAACGAAUGAAGAAUCCUUCCAUUCUGCGCGAGAAGAGAUCCGCUCCCGCGGAGAGACCGUCGAGCCAAACAAGGACCCAACCCCAACCCAGGAGCGAACAGCACGUCCAGCUGCAUCGGUUCCCAAAGAAUCUGACCUCGAAAUCAUGUCGACACCGGCUAAGAAAACAAAAUCAAAGCCAGAUGUCAAAAUUUCGGAAAAGCGACAGAUUGAGGGACCUGAACCAAAGGAGAGUGAUCCGGUUGUUUCCAAACCUGAGCCUUCUCCAGAAAAGGCCCCGGUAGCCCCAGUAUCCCCAGUAGCUCUACCUAUCGAGAUGCAAGAAUCUCACCCAAAUGACGAGGAUAUGGAAGAUGCCACGAAAGACGACACAAUUCUCGACAACCUUGAUGAUAUCGGAUCUCCUUCGGAUGGUUCUACUCCAGAGCGACCAUUUGCUCGGAAAAGCAGCCUGAGCUUUGCCACCCUUCCUGCGCGGGAACCCUUGAAGACUCGAACAAGCCAUGUUGACCUAGCUAAAAUGAGUACUGCUGGGCGUCCUAGCUACUUUGGCAGGCAGACUGGCGGCCAUAGAAUUCCGCAAGCUGCGACAGAGGAUAAUGCCGGUUCCAGAGCGUUGGAAAUUGACAAUGAGAAAGAGCCAAGUGAAGAAGCGGAUCCUGACGAGGCAACCAGGAUGCACAGCAAAAAGUCUACACAAUCACUACAUGAUAGAAUCAGCAUGCUAGGCAAACUCCAGCCAUCCCGACCCAGGAAGUCAAUCCCGUCCGCUUCUGGGCUACCGGUUGGUCAGGUUCCCUACCCAGAACUUCCAGCUUCCAAGGCUGAAGCAAAGUCUGAAGCUUCCAGCGAAAGGGCACAUGAGGCCCUAGCUCCAGAGCCCAUGUCGGUGGACGAUGACUGGAUCAAGCCUUUGGGCUCUCCUCAAAAACCCGAGCUUUCCAAGAGCAAGACCACGGAUGUCAUGGAGAAGCUUGCUGAAUUCGAAAAGGCUCGAGCAGUCAAUAAGAAAGAUGCACUGCAAACAGAGCCCGAACGUCCCAAAUCAUCUACCUCAAUAUUCUCUUCACCUCGACCGCACAGUCACCAACAAAGCGCUUCUUUGUCUCAUGGUGGUGAUGACGCUUCUACUACUCCAACAGGCUCACCAAGACGCUUCGACGGUCACAUCAGUGCUUCGAAGCUGAAACUGCACUCCAUUAUGAAAUCCGCCAAAGGCCUGUUCUCAAGUACUGGCAACACACCACGGAUGGAACACUCGCCUGAGCAGGCGCGCAUUCAGCCGAGUGCUGACACAUUAACUAAACAUGCCAAGCAUCUAUCCCAACCAGUCCCUAUCACCAGUCCUCAGCGUCCAGAAGGCCGCCGGACACGAAGCUCAACAGAGAAGGAAGAGAAACGGCGCCAGCAUGAACGGGAAGAGCAGGAGCGUGAGGAUCAAGAAGAGCGUGUUGAGAGAGCUCGGGAACAAGAAAAGCAAAGAGCCCUUCACCUCAAAGCCGCUCAGGAUAAUUCCUCGGUCGAACCAGAAGAGAGGGCAGGCUCAGCAGUACACAAGACCUCCCAGUCACAGCGUCAACAAUCGCGCGAACCUGAAUCAGCUCAGGAGUCUAGCUCGAGAUUUACCAUCUCUCAACCGAAGCAAAAUGACCGCCGUCCUCUCAAACCCACUCGCGAGCCCAUGAAGCGCCCCACGCCGCAACCCAUGUCAAUUCGUGUUGGCAGCACCAUGUCCCGUCAACAAAUCCCUGUUCCAUCGUCUUCGGCUGCUCAGGAGUCGGUUGUAUCCGCGGCCCCGUCUGCCCCUGCCUCAAAGCCAACUUUGAAAAAGAAGGGUAGCAAUACGUCCUUACAUACGUCAUCUUCUGCAAGCAGCUUUAAGAGCUCUGUUUCCAGCCAAACGCAAGCCCAGCGCAAGGCUCAGGUCGCCAACGACCGCAAGAAGGAGCAAGAACGCGAGGCACGCCGAAAGGAAGAACAAAAGCGUGACCUAGAACGUAAGCGUGCUGUCCAGCAGCAACAACAGGAAGAGGCCCGUCGGCAGGAGAUGAGGAGUCGUGCUGAAGCCGAACGGGAGCGCCAGGCUGAAAGAGAGCGCCAGGCUGAAAGAGAGCGCCAGGCUGAAAGAGAGCGCCAGGCUGAACGAGAGCGCCUGGCCGAACGAGAGCGUCGCGAACGAUCGGCUCAGGAAGAUCCGAACAAAGCCGCCCGUAUGGAGGCAAUCAAGAAGCGACAAGCAGAGAAUGCUCGGAAGCAUGGAAGGCAGGGCAGCCAGCAGAUAGUCAACGAGGGGCCAAUUCUACAGCACGAGCAGUCAUAUUCUCAGUCUUCUCAGCGAAGUGACCUAGGUGGUUCCCGCCCUGCUUCUCGCUUGGGUAGCUCAAUUCAGCCAUUCGGCGGCCGCGGCAUCAACCCACCUGCGCCUAACCCUGCCAAACCGCCAAAGAGAGGCAACGAUGAAACCAGCCACCGGGCUGCGCCAUCUAAACCGAGUAACGUGCAAUCAACUGGCGAGUUCAAACGGCGAAAGACAGAGGAUGAGCACAACCCCAUGCCUCCUGUGCGCACAAUGGCGCAGCCUAUCCGUCAAUCGAAUAUCAGGAAGCCUUCUACCCUUGGCCGUGGACAGUCUUCCAUGGCACCUCAGUCGGCCUCUUCCGGUUACCGAAAUGCCCAACCUCAGCGACCCGCUCACCCGAUAGUCACAUACACGAACGGCAAGAUACCGUUUGCUGAACCAAAUCAUGCACCUCCUCCACCAAGCGCACACAAGCCUGCGCCCAGCUCCGCCCAACGCCCACCAGCCAAACCAUCACCCAAGUACCCCAGUGGUGAAAACAUCCACUUGCCGGAGAUCAACACUGAUAGUGAAGAUGAUGAUGAUUCCGACUCUGAAAUGUUCCCUGUGCCCAAGUGGGCACAGGCGAAAGAGCUGGAGGGUCUUCUCCGGCAACAGGAUGGGAUGGAAGUUGACUCGAUCUUCGGGCCAAUUGCACCAUUCUCUCUUGAGGAUACUUUCAAGGCGGAUAAAAAAGUCAAGAAAUACCGUGACCGCACCAGCAGUGCGAACUGGUCCGGACCCGAUGGACUUACUCAAGAGGAGAUUCGGAAGGAUGUUGCCGAACGACAGCGGUUGCGACUCAAUGGCGGUUGGAGCUUCAACGGCUAG